AUAUAUAUAUAUAUAUAUAUAUAUAUAUAUAUAUAUAAACGCUUCCAUAUGAUAGAUAUUGCGUGAAUACGUGUAUUCGACAGUGAGAAUUUCUGAUUACUUCUGACGGAAGCAACGCGUCCCUUUUCGUCUAGGAUUUAAUGAAUCUUAGAGUUGUGCCUCACUCUUUAUAUACAAAUGCCUGUACUUAAUUAACGAAUAAUUUGAUUACUCGAAGAUCAAAGGAUUAACAUUUGCAUUGACUGAAAUCCGCGUUUUUGUUAUUUAAAUUGCGAAAAUUCAGUGCUACGAUUUCCGGUGUUACUCCGCAAAUAUCAAUAUUUAUCAUUUAAUAGAGAAAAUAUAUUUAGCGAUCGAGAGAGGAAACGAGUGAUAUUUUCCAAAAUAAGAAAAAUACACGAAUCGUCUGAUAAGAAGUCUCGACAUCGAUUUCGCGACGUCUCGAUCUCAUUCCGCAAAAUCGGCAAUUUUAUUUCCAAGAACGAGAAUAUUACGUCGAUUGAUCGGUCAACGAAAUUACGGGCAACCAACACCUGACCAGGUAGUCAGGUAGCAACCAGAAAUCGAAGCCAGUGCGAAGAACUCGCGUAUUUCUAGCGGGACACAAAGAGGGGGACGCCCUUACAUGCGUCAUCGCGCUAUCGCGGGUGCAAGUCGCACGUGAGCAUCGCACGUGAACGGCAGUACAACACGUGCGCCACGACGUUUGGCAUUGCGCGCUGUGACAGCCGACGCCUCCGUUCCGUCAUCGCCACAGUUCGUCGCGCACGUGCAACGAUAAAUGCGCCGUCGUUGCCGCGGAUGACAGCCCACGCGAUCUUCAAGAUGAUCACCCACUGGAUCGUCCUGCUGGCUCUCGGCGUCGUCUGCUAUGGUCUUCCCGUAGCCGACGAGCCUGCUGAUACGAGCACGAUCGGAAAUAUCUCAGAAGUAACUACUGUUCCCGAAGCGGAGGGUCACUCAAUGGAUGAUAUAAUGCCAGGAACAAAGCCAUCAUCGAUUGCCGUAGUGUUCAUCGACAUCCCGGAACACGCAGAAACGGAACUAGGCUCAUCCGUGCUGUUGGCAUGCCGAACCGCUAAUCCUGUAGCCGAGUGCCAGUGGUCCUGGCAGCCAUUGCCGCCGGUACACCUGCCACUUCCCGAUGUCAGUGAAAGCCCGUCAGUUUCUACGACCACGGCGAUCUCGACGAUCUCGGCGAACACGUCGACUCCUAUGACCCAUCCGUUGCCGGUACGACAAUUUCCGGCGUUCGGGAACAACAGCAACGAUUGCUCCGUGAGAUUCUCCAGUACGAAACACGAGCAGACAGGGUACUGGACUUGUGCGGCGAGAGUCUCCACGAGCGAUCCUUUCACCAGCACCGAACCCGCCAAGCUCAGCAUCGUCAACGCCAAUCACGGUAUCCUCAUCACGUUCGCGAAGCACGAGAAUGUGAUCGAGGUGCCGGCGGGAUCCUCGGCGCAAAUAAUGUGCCAGACCAAGUCGCCGGUACGCGAAUGCCAAUGGUCCUGGCGGCAACUGAAUCAGUCGCAGCCCUGGAACCUCGACGUGAAAUCAUUCCCGGCCUUUGGUAACGAUAGCACGGAAUGCAGCAUCAAGUUCAAAAACGUUCUGCCGGAGCAGGAGGGCUACUGGACCUGCGGUGCGCGAAUCCAUCCGAAUUCCUCAUUUACCCAGGCGACUCCCGUUCGAUUUCUCAUAUCAGAAGUCGAGUUCGUGCAGUUGUCGCGCGGCGUGCAGGUUGCGGCCGGCGAGUCGGUCUUUCUACGAUGCUUGGCGAACAAGCCGGUGGUACAAUGCGAGUGGUCGUGGAGGGCAUCGAACUCGAGCAAGGAACCGCUGCUGAUCAAGAAGUUCAGUCCAAACAAGGACGCCGAUCACGACUGUUCCGUGCGAUUCAAGAAUAUACUGUACGAGGAGGAAGGAUUGUGGACUUGUGGGGUCCGUUUGACGCCAGACGGGAUCCUGCAUACGGCGCCCGCGGCCACUGUCAGCCUCCUGCCUACCGCUAAGGUGAGCUUCGUCGAUGUACCGAUGGACACGGCGGUACCUAUAGGCACAGACACCGUACUCAAGUGCAUCACCAGCAGCCGUGUGGAGAAAUGCGCGUGGACCUGGAAGCCAUUGAAUGGCAUUGACUCCGAGAAUGUCAUUGUCGACGAAUUCCCCAGCAACGGCGAUCUCGGCCGCGACUGUUCGCUUCAUCUUCCGCAGGUGCGCGCGGAGAAACAAGGUAACUGGGCCUGCCAGGUGUCCAUCGCAUCACUCAACACCGUCUUAACGUCGCCAUUCGCCAAACUCACGGUCUUCGAGCAAGACGAAGUGAAGUUCUCAGAGCUGUCGCAGGACAUUCAGAUCUCCUCCGGUGGUAGCGUCCUGUUACGCUGUGUGACAUCCUCGGCGGUGGAUCAAUGCCGUUGGUCACUCACCCCGGUUAAUUCCAACACCACCGUGGUGGUGAAGCAAUUUCCGGCGGCCGGCAAUGAGGCCCGAGACUGCAGCGUCCGUCUGAGCCACGCGCUCGCUGAACAGGAGGGACUCUGGACCUGCGGCGCCAGGAUACACGGCCGGCAAAAUUACACAGACGCGCCGCCCGCGAAGCUGAGCCUCCUCGAACCAGAGCCCGUCACUAUUGCGGUUUGGGCCACGCCUCAUCAAAUGGUUACUCUUGCAUGUAGGAUCGGAGCUGUAUCAUCGGAAGCCAAAUGCCAUUGGAUCCACGUUCCAAAUGUUCACAUAUAUCAGAACUCCAGCAAACUCGCAAAGAAAUCGAGUCAUAACAUGCAAAUGGAUUAUACUACGGGUAUAUGCAAGCUCAUCUUCAAACCGGAUCAUUCUGAUCUAGGAAAGUGGACUUGCAGAUUUACUCUAACGAAUGAAAACACCGACAUCGAGAUAGGAAGCGCGACACUUGUUCUGCUCAACACCUUAGCAGAUGAGAAACUAGGAUGGAUCGUCGGUGCUAUAACGGCCAUGAUUUUAUUCCUGAUGAUAAUAGUUGUAGUGCUAGUAGUGUGCAAGGCGCGAAUCUUCGUCCGCAAGACAUCCGAGGUUCUGGAAACAUUACCUUCCAACGAAAAUAAACAAAGCGCAAGAUUCCGUGACAAAAAUUAUACCGAAGAUCAGGGGAAUAUAAAUCUUCAAUUCGCCGAGGACAAUAGCUGUACAUCGAGCAUCAAAAGCGUCUUACCUAAUAGAAGUCCGCGCGUGCAGAAUCGUACGGAGGAAAUUCAUGCAAUGCCGUCCAAAGUAUUUGAGAAUGUUGAAAAAUAACAUGUGAUUAAUUUUUCGUUGAUAUAAAAAAAUUUUCCUAAUGGAUUAACUUAAGAUUAUACUUUCUUAUUUCAGAAGUUUAAAACUCUUAUUGUAUUAUUGUAUAUAAAAAGAGAUAUAUAUUUUUUAUUAUAUUAUAGAAUAAAAAAAUGAAAAAGAAUUUUUCUUUCAUAUAUAAAAUAGCAAGCGAUUAGAACAGUAAAAUAUUUUGUGUCCAUAUAAAAAUUAUAUGCAUUAUAUAUAUAUAUAU